CAAUACCGGUCUCCUGGGGGCGCGGCCGCCUCACCCGGAAAGAAAACAAACGGCGGCCGUCGCAUCCGGGCACUCGGCGGCUCGCAGCUGGUGCGGCGGUGGCGCAGGAUGGCGCAAAAGAAAUACCUACAGGCAAGACUGACCCAGUUCCUGAGGGAAGACAAGAUUCAGCUCUGGAAACCCCCAUACACGGCGGAAAACAAGGAAGCUGGCUUGGAACUGAAGGACCUUGCUAAGAAGUAUUCUGACAAGCUAGACUGUUGUGAAAAUGAAGUGGAGAAGAUGAUAGAAGAAAUACGUUGCAAAGCCAUAGAGCGGGGUGCUGGAAAUGAGAACUAUAAAACCAAGGGAAUCGCUACGAUCGAGGUCUUUCUGCCUCCACGGCUGGGAAAAGACAGAAAGAACCUUCUGGAGACUCGGCUGCACAUCACCGGCAGAGAGCUGAGGUCCAGAAUAGCUGAAACCUUUGGAUUUCAAGAGAACUAUAUCAAAAUUGUCAUAAAUAAGAAACAGCUUCAGCUGGGGGAGACCCUGCAAGGCCAAGGUGUCACGCACAACGUGAAGGCCAUGGUGCUGGAGCUGAAGCAGUCUGAGGAGGACGCCAGGAGGGCCUUCCAGGUGGAGGAGGAGGAGCAGAGCGAGGCCGAGCAGAAGGAGCGGCGCAUUCAGAGGACCAAGCGGGGACUGGAGAUCCUGGCCGAGAGAGCCGAGAUGGUGGUGGACCCAGAAACCACUCUGUACUUGGACAUAGCGAACCAGACGGGUCGGUCCCUCAAGAUCCCCCCGGCGGAGAAGAAGGCCCUGAUGCUGGCCAUGGGCUACCACGAGAAGGGCCGGGCGUUCCUGAAGAGGAGGGAGUACGGGAUCGCCUUGCCGUGCCUGCUGGACGCCGACAAGUAUUUCUGCCAGUGCUGCCAUGAGCUGCUGGACACGGUGGACAACUACGCAGUGCUGCAGCUGGACAUCGUGUGGUGCUACCUGCGGCUGGAGCAGCUCGAGUGUCUGGACGACGCCGAGAGGAAGCUGAGCCUGGCGCAGACCUGCUUCCGCACCUGCUACGGCGAGAACCACCAGCGCCUGGUGCACAUCAAGGGCAACUGCGGGAAGGAGAAGGUGCUGUUCCUCCGGCUGUACCUGCUGCAGGGCAUCCGCAACUUCCACAGCGGCCAUGGCGAGGAGGCGCGCGACUGUCUGCACAAGGCCCGGCAGCUCUUCCGAGAGCUCUCCAUCGACCCCGCCAAGGUGCACAGCCUGCUGCAGCUGGGCUUCACGGCACAGGAAGCACGGCUCGGCCUCAGGGCGUGCGAGGGUGACGUGGACCACGCGGCCGCCCACAUCACCAGCCGCAGAGAGGAGCUGGCGCAGAUUCGCAAGGAGGAGAAGGAGAAGAAGCGGCGGCGCCUGGAGAGCAUCAGCCAGCUGCGGGGGGUUGGCUGCUCUGCGGCCGCGGCCAGGGCGGCGCUGCACCAGGCGGGCGGGAGCCUGGAACAGGCCUUCAAGAUUCUUCUCAGCAACCCCGCCCUGUGGGGGCUGAAUGACCCACGCAGCGACCACAACCUGGAGAGCCCGUCCCAGGAGAGUGUCGACCAGCUGGUGUACAUGGGCUUCGAGGCGCCGGCGGCCGAGGCGGCGCUCAGGUUCUUCCGCGGCAACGUGCAGCUGGCGGCCCAGACGCUGGUGCUGAGCGGAGGCAGCCUGCCCCCCGGCCUGCAGCCCGCGGCCGCCUCCCCGUCGCCAUCUCCCUCCCCGUCGCCAUCCCCCUCGCCCUCCACGUCGCCCACCGAUUCCGCAGGCACCCCCAGCACCUCGACAGACGAGGACAUGGAGACGGAGGCCGUGAACGAGAUCCUGGAGGACAUCCCGGAGCACGAGGAGGACUACCUGGACUCCACGCUGGAGGACGAGGAGCUGCUCAUCGCCGAGUACCUGUCCUACGUGGACGGGCUGCGCACGGCGGCCCGGAGCGCCUGAGGCCCAGACUCUGCUCCCACCGCCGCCUCCUGUCCUGGGGGGGGGGCGGGAGGCUCCCGCCCGGCUCGGCCCCGCGGGCCGUCGCCCCCCACUCUGGCCCCCCACGCCCCCGCUUUCCGGGUUCCCGCUCGAGACUCAGUGUGCCUGGUGCUUGGCAGUGAAAAUAAAGCCUCACCCUCCCCAGG